UAUUAAGGGGAAAAAAAUAUGGGUAGCUGAAUUUAGCAUCAGUGUCCGCAACAAAACAACCUUAGCCGUUUGUCUAUAAAUAGGACCGACCGAGCCAGCUGCACUACUACUUCGCCCUUAACUUUUACAAAUUCUAGAUUUGGACGUUCCCCCUUCUUCAGCUGUCCCACAAGCAAACUCUGUUUGUAGUUGUUGUUGCUGUUGCAGGAGAAAAAUGUGGUUCGUGUACGUUUGCGAAGAGGAAGAGAAGGAACUCGGAAGACAACAAGCCCCUGGUUCGUGUCCCUACUGUGGAGCCAAGGUUCAAGCCAUGGAUGUUGAGAUCCAGUCCAAGCUCUGUUUCUUACCCCUCUGUUUCAAGAUCAAGAGAAAGUACUUCUGUACCCACUGCGCCAGGCGUUUAGAGUUGUAUUACUGAACCCAAACCAAAUCCUCACUCCCAUAAACAACAACUUCUUGUAAAUAUACAUAUAUAAGUCUAGAUUAGAUGCUAUUAAUCUUAGUUUUCUUUCUUUCUUUUUUAACUUGUAUGUUUCGUGAGGAUUCUUGGGUGAGAGAUGCUAUGUCAUAUUUUGUCAUUGAAUCAAUUGAAGAUUAAAUCUUUUUUUCUA